AUGUCGGAACGCCAGGACUCCGAGUGUCAGAAGCAUGAUCUUCCAAAGUCAUUGCAAGGUACCGAGGACGCGGAGGUGAUCUGGAGCAUGAUACUGGAGCGAUUUCCGAAUGCUGCGCCUCUGCUGUGCGAGAUGGAGGCGGUGGUAGACCGCGCCGAGGAUCUUCUCCAGCAGUUGCGGGCACCCUGUCAACGGGAAAUCGAGACUUCCACCUCCUUCUGCACUCCUGACUCCGAGAACUCCAGCAUGUUAAUUUCCGCGAGGGAAUCCUUGUCCAUCGGAAACGAUUCCUGUUUAUUAAAGAAUGCAGAAAACGGUGGCAAAAGCGUCGCAGGAGUGCAGGUGUCGGAUACCAACGUCCACGACGCAGAUGUUUCACCUGAUCAGAAUGACAUUGCUCAAUCGAACGAGUCGCGCACGGUUAUUCGACGAUCCGUGCUUCCCAAAGACAACGCACUCGCUGAGCAGAGGGCGAAGGAGGCGCGCAGUUUGGAAGAAUGGGAGAAGGUGGUGGACAUUGCCAUGAAGAAAUCGGUUGAGGACGAUGUAAACGAUGGCUUCCGCGAAGACGCCAUUGAUGCGGACCGGAAGCGUUCUAAGAGCAAAGAGCGGAGACGAAAUAGGUCCAGCUCUGAUGAAGCUGAGAAAGGUUGCAUUAUACUGCACCAGCAAGAGAAAUGCGCGGCCGUUGGUGACUCUACGAUCGAGGUCGAUUCGAAUCAAACUAUUAGCAGCCAAGAACUAAUCGAAACUAACGACGACACCGCGACUAUGCUUAAAGGAAGCGGCGACGAGAAUUCACUGAGAAUCCCAGAGAAGCGGACGCCAUUGUCUAUCCUCGAAGCCUACGCGAAGCGCUGUAAAGUUCAGGUGGCAUAUCAGCAUGUGACCGAUGGUCCGUAUCGGUAUAAAUCGAACGUCUUCGCCAUACGUGGCAGCCUCGGUGGAUUUACCGCAACCACCCUCGGAGACAGCGAGGAGACCGCUAAGAACAGCGUGGCUACUAAGAUACUCCAGAUGAUCGCCAAUCAACAAAUGGACGACGGGAAACUUGGCACACUCGCGUAUCUCUCGAGAGACGAAAUGCUGGAGAUAAGCAAUCUCUGUCUGAAGAGUCCAAGGACAACGGGCCAAAGAAGACUUUACCUGCUCUGCCUCGAGGAAGAUCAACCAGUGCCGAAGUACACCGUUGAAAAAGCAGGAACCUACGAAGGCUUCAAUUAUUCCGCCACUUGUUCCGCGUUGGGCUGCACCAGUAAAGGUCGAGGCGUUCGGGAAUGCGUUGCGAAAAAGUCAGCCGCUGAGGAACUGUACCGUCGUUACUGCCAAGGCCAAAGAUCGAGUACAAAGGUAACUGUUUGA